AUGCCGAGUUUUGCAAGUGGGUAUGGCGAUGGUAACAGAGCGUUCUUACAGGCGUUUUUGGCUCGCAACACCCUUACACUAGACACCGGUAAACCCAUCAUCGCCGCCAUUUCAACACAGCAAGAAGGCAGACCGAUCCAGGCCGAAGACAUCACGGUAGAGGACUUGGACUCCUUUAUUUCACAAGCCAACCAAAAGCUGUCACCCCUUGACCUCGAGAUCCGAAGCACUUUCCACCAGCAGAAUCGCGAAAGAGUCUAUGCACUAAUAAAUACAACCAGUGACCCUAUGACGCAGCUUGCGACAACGUAUACAGCCGACGAGAUCAUCUACGUCAAGAAACUCCUCGAUGCGAUGUUUGAGGGAAGGAACAAUAGAGGCAGAAAAGAAGCCAUGUGCUUGAGCGCUAUUGACGCCAUCAAGCUGGGCAGAAUGGCAGAGAAGAGACGAGAAACCCAGACCGAGAAUGCACCACAAUCCACAGCAGGCAUGCUGGGUCCUAAAGAGGCGGAAGUGAUGCUCAAUAAGCUAUCAGCUGAAGGGUGGCUUGAGAAGAGCGAGGCCGGGUUCUACAGCUUGAGUCCGCGUGCUCUGAUGGAGUUGAAGGCCUGGCUUGUCGAUACCUACAAUGACGAAGAUGAAGACGGGAAUAGUCGCAACAAAAUCAAAUUCUGCCAUGCUUGCAAAGAGAUUAUCACAGUGAAUUUCUUUCGAGUGCAACGAUCACGAAACUGUCCACUGUGUGACACACAGUGGGACGGCGAGCAUUACGUGGGUGAGAAGACCAUCACAACUGCUUCAGACUAUCGAGCUCCCACGGGGCGACGACAAAUAAAUAAUCGACCAAGAUCUCCCGUUGAAGAAGAAGAAGAUGAACAAGACGAGGAUGAUAUGGAGACCUGA